CCCUCCCGUCUCCUUAAGGUUUGGAGCCAGAGGGGGAAACCAGACACCAGAGCGGCUCUCACGGGCGACGCCACAGAAGGGCCGACCACAGGAGACGCAUCCGGCUGUCCAGCCUGUCCAGCCGUGCUUCCUCCCUGCCGGGUCCAGGGCACCCCGCCGAGGUCGGAGGGGCGGGAGGUGCAUGGAGACUCAGACUUAAGCAAACAAAUAAGUUCUGGGAACGCCUCCCUCUCUCUGGUGCAAACUUGGGGCUUGAGACACAACCACUCCCCCAUUCUCCCUUAAAAAAAAAGCCAAGGAGGAGGCUGAGAAGCAGCUGCAUCCCAGAGCAGGAAGCAAAGGUCAGGCCAGCAGGGGGGUCCCGGGCUCCCCAGCAUGGUGGCCACCUGCAGGAAGGGGCCCCCAUAGCCCUCACCAUCGAGAGCUGGAGGCACCUUGGGCACGAGGGGGUUAAGUCCAGUGGCCUCGAUACUCCACGUAGUAGCUGGCUCGGCUGCCAGCUGCGGUCAGGGCUACCGUAUAAAUAGGUUAGGAGACCCGAGUGCCACCGACGACUGGCUGCCGCCUCCAGCCCGGUGUCCAAGCAGCCCACCAUGGCCCGUGCAGGGCUCCUGCUCAGCCUCGGCCUCCUGGCCAGCCUGCUGCCGGCGCUGGCUGCCUGCCCCCAGAACUGCCACUGCCACGGUGACCUGCAGCACGUCAUCUGUGACAAGGUUGGGCUGCAGAAGAUCCCCAAGGUGUCAGAGAAGACCAAGCUGCUCAACCUGCAGCGCAAUAACUUCCCAGUGCUGGCUGCCAACUCAUUCCGCGCCAUGCCGAACCUGGUGUCGCUACACCUGCAGCACUGCCAGAUCCGAGAGGUGGCCGCUGGCGCCUUCCGGGGCCUCAAGCAGCUCAUCUACCUGUACCUGUCCCACAACGACAUCCGCACGCUGCGGGCCGGUGCCUUCGACGACCUGACGGAGCUCACCUACCUCUACCUGGACCACAACAAAGUGACCGAGCUGCCCCGGGGGCUGCUGUCCCCUCUGGUUAACCUCUUUAUCCUGCAGCUCAACAACAACAAGCUCCGAGAGCUGCGGGCAGGCGCCUUCCAGGGCGCCAAGGACCUGCGCUGGCUCUACCUGUCGGAGAAUGCGCUCAGCUCCCUGCAGCCCGGUGCCCUUGACGACGUGGAGAACCUCGCCAAGUUCUACCUGGACAAGAAUCAGCUGUCCAGCUACCCGGCCGCCGCCUUGAACAAGCUGCGUGUGGUGGAGGAGCUGAAGCUGUCCCACAACCCUCUGAAGAGUGUUCCUGAUGGCGCCUUCCAGUCCUUCGGCCGCUACCUGGAGACGCUGUGGCUGGACAACACCGGCCUGGAGAAGUUCUCGGAUGGCGCCUUCCUGGGUGUGACCACCCUGAAACAUGUCCAUCUGGAGAACAACCGGCUGAACCAGCUGCCCCCCAGCUUCCCCUUUGACAACCUGGAGACCCUUACCCUCACCAACAACCCCUGGAAGUGCACCUGCCAGCUUCGGGGUCUGCGGCGGUGGCUGGAAGCCAAGACUUCUCGCCCAGACGCCACCUGCGCAUCACCCGCCAAGUUCAGGGGCCAGCACAUCCGCAACACGGACGCCUUCCGCAGCUGCAAAUCCCCCACAAAGAGGUCCAAGAAGGCCGGCCGCCACUGAGCAGGUCCUGACCCGGCCAGUCCUGGUGACUGGCCUCUGCUCUCCGCCCGACAGACUAGUGCCCUUCCACUGCCACCUCCCCCGGCCUCCACCACGUACGUCCUGGCAGGCCGCCUGACAGGACCCAGGAAGGACAUGGAGCCCUCCCCAGCCAUCACGCUGGCCACACGGGGCUCCUCUCAUCACGGAAGCUGAUCCCAGAAGGAGGUGAUCACCGGGAUCACACUUCCCUUUCCCGACCAUCUGGAAGCAGACAUCAGACCCUUGUCCCUGCCCCACUCCCUGGCCCCCGCCUGCCAGGAUGGCCUAACAGGACGCCAGAGCUUUGCCACAUAGCCGUCCAUGCUGUGUCCUGCCCAGAUUUCUAUAAGAAUAAAUUUAUGUCUGUAUAACA